AUGCUUGUUUGCCGUCUUGCAACAAAUAACGCGAAGUUCGGCGUUGUUGUCGUGUACACCUCCAACGGUGUUAUGGGCGAUCAAAGGAAGGACGAGAUCUGCGAAAGUAUGCACGCAGUUUUCGCUUCUGUGCCACACCAUCAGUUAUGGAUCGUCGCCGGUGACCUGAACUCACAGGUCGGCUGGGACCAUUCUCACUGGCACCAUGUGAUGGGAUUGGAAGCCUGUCAACGGAACGGUGACAAUCCUCGACGGAAGCUACAAGCUAAAGCGUUUACCUUUGUACAGGUCUCUGCGCAUAACUUAGAGGGAGAAUAUACCUUCGUUGAGGAAUUGCAGUGUGCUUUGUCCAAAGUGCCGAAUACAGAGGCCGUCACAAUCAUGGGCAAUUUUAAUCAGCAUAUCGGAGUAGACGCUGAAGAGCGGAACGGCGUGAUUGGAAUAAACGGCCAUUGCGACCUCAAGAAUAACCACAUGAAGUUGCUGCAGUUUUGUGCAAAAAACGGACUGCCCAUUAUGAACAACUUCUUCGAACAUUGA